AUGGAAAGUACAUCAAGAAAGCUGCAGUACUGGAGGCUUUAUCUGCUGUCGCUGGUGUUGGGAAUCGGGGGCUCGUUUCAAUAUGGGAUUCAAGUUUCUGUCAUCGCUUCUCCAGCAGUGCAUGUUCAGAGUUUUGUGAACCACACAUGGUUGUUGAGGUACGGAGCUCCAGUGGACGACUCCACCAACCAGCUCAUCUGGUCCUUCAUCGUGGCUGUGUUGAGUCUUGGAGCCUGUGCCGGGGCGAUUCACAGCGGCAGCCUUCCAGUCACUUAUGGCCGGAAGAAAGCUCUCCUGUUCAACAACGUGGUGGCGAUUGUCGCUGCUCUUCUAAUGCUCUUCAGUCACAUGGCCAAGUCUUUUGAGAUGAUCCUGCUGGGACGAUUUCUCUAUGGCUAUAAUGUUGGUCUUGGCUUGAGUGUGCACCUCAUGUACCUCGGGGAGAGUUCUCCGAAGAAGCUCAGAGGUUUCAUGACUCUCACAAGCUCAAUCUUCAUUGGAUUUGGAAAAGUCACGGGUCAAAUAAUUGGCAUCAAGGAGAUGAUGGGCACAGAAGAAAUGUGGCCAUACCUCUUAGCUAUAAGUGGUAUUCCUGCCAUUCUGCAGCUUGUGACGCUGAUUUUCUUCCCUGAGGCACCUCGAUACCUUUACAUUGACAAAGGAGACACUGAAGGCAGCAAAAAAGCUUUGCAGUGGCUGUGGCAGGAGGAUGACUUAAAGCAGGAGCUGGACGACAUGCAGAAAGAGAGAGAGAGCACACAGGGAGAGAAGGCGAAGACUGUGAAGGAUGUACUCUGCUCUCGCAGUGUGAGAUGGCAGCUACUGACUCUGAUCAUCCCCUGCGCUGGUGUUCAGUUCUGCGGCAUCAACGCUCUGUAUUUCUACGCCUUUGACAUCUUCCGUGAGUCUGGAGUGCCAGAGAACCAGAUGCAUUACUUGGCCAUUGGUAUUGGAGCAACAGAGCUCAUCACCGUAACACUGUGUUCCGUCUUGAUAGAUCGUGCCGGCAGAAAGAAGCUGAUGGGCUACGGCUAUCUGCUGAUGGGUGUCACCAUGUGUUUACUUACCGUCAUGCUGUCCAUCAAGGAUCUGAAUACAUGGAUCCCGUAUGUGAACAUCGGCCUGAUCUUCUGUGUCAUCUGCAUUUACGGACUUGGACCUUCUGGAGUGUCUAUGGCUCUUCCUGCUGACCUCUUCCUACAAGCAUGGCGUCCUUCUGCAUAUGUGAUCAGUGGGACCGUCAACUGGCUUUCCAUGUUCCUCGUGGGGAUGUUGUUCGGCUACAUUGUGGAUGGAGUCGGGCAGUUCUGCUUCCUGAUUUUUGUUGCUUACACUUUCUUCAGUGCAGCAUUUCUGUUAUAUUUUGUCCCAGAGACCAAAGGAAAGACAAUGGUAGAGAUUAUGGAGGACUUCAACAAACUGAAUUACAAGAACAGGAGCGCUGACAAUGAUGUUGAAACUAAAUUUUAA